CGCUCCGCCCCGCAUAGCGAAGGCUUUAUCAAGGCUUCAGAACGACAACUCUCCUUCCUCUUUACAUACAACCCGAAAUCGUUUACUAGUUUGGUCCUCAAAAGUCCAGAACAAAUCAGACUUGACAUCAUACCUCAAGAUGGUGUUUUUACUUGACUAUUUCCAACACCAAAAAGACUGGUAAGCCGAGCUGUCCUAUCUACUGCCCCACACGGCAUUAGGCCCCGCAACCAUAAAUGGGGAGAGUUCAAUGGAACCUUCAACAUCACUAACUCCCAUAUCCAGCAACCUCAAAAAAGCAGAACGAACACAAAGACUUCGAGAACUUCCUUCCUACUCAACACCCUUUAGUUCCUCGGAAAGAGAAGUCCUUUCAAAACCAAUUGAACAACUUGUUCGAGAUGUACACAAACAAGCCCUCCAACCAAUUGAUAUCCUCCGAGCCUACGGAAAGGCAGCUCUCAAAGCCCAGUCCAAGACGAAUAGUGUGACCGAGGUUAUGAUCAGCUCGGCUGAAGAAUGGAUUUCAGAUGGUAGCAUAAAUAUGAAAGGACCUUUGGCAGGAAUUCCGGUCAGUUUGAAGGAUUCGGUGGUGGUUGGUGGAUAUGACACUUCCGUGGGGUAUAGUUGCAAUGUAGGCAACAAACAGGAGAAAGAUGGAACGAUGGUGAGGCUCUUGAAGGAUGCUGGAGCGGUUCCGUAUGUCAAAACGAAUUUACCGGUUACGCUAUUGAGUUUCGAGAGCACGAAUGAUGUUUGGGGGAGGUGUACGAAUCCACAUAAUAACAAGUAUUCCCCAGGAGGUUCAACCGGCGGUGAGAGUGCAUUACUGGCUGCAGGUGGUGGGAGGAUUGGAAUUGGCUCUGAUGUUGCUGGGUACGUACGUCGCUUUUGGAUUGAGUUUGAAACCGCUUGUUGACAAUAUUAUAGAAGUGUAAGAGUUCCGGCACAUUUCUCUGGAAUUCACAGCUUACGAUGCUCGACUGGAAGAUGGCCGAAAAAUGGUAUGGUGACUAGUAUGCCAGGUCAAGAAGGAAUACCCUCGGUUUUCAGUCCUAUGUCUAGAACAUUGGAGGACCUCACAUAUUUCACCAGCUCACUAAUCGGAAUGAAGCCAUGGAAAUAUGAUCAUUCCAUCCACCCAAUCCCUUGGCGGGCAGAUACAUUCAAGGCGACAGAAGAAACGGAGAGGUUCAAAGUUGGCGUUCUGAGAACAGAUGGGGUAGUUGAUCCUAGUCCUGCCUGUGCUAGAGCAGUUGACGAAGUGGUAGCAGCACUGCAGAAAGAAGGACAUGAGGUUAUUGAUGUCCAUCCACCAUCGCCAUACGAAGCGCUAUACAUCGGAUCACAGCUUCUCAAUGCUGAUGGUUGCAGGACUUUCAAAUCCUUUUUCCGAACCGGCGAGUGGGAAGAUAGGGGAGCAAGGCAGAUGAGUUUUUACAUGCAGUUGCCAAGCCCUCUCAAAUGGCUGUACUACAUGUGGGUCAAAUACGUUCGUCGUGAUGAGAUCUGGGCCGGUCUCAUCAAGGACUGGAAGGAGAAAUCCUCUUAUGAACAGUGGAAAUUCGUCACCAAGAGAGAAGCUUACAAGGCAAAGUUCCACGACUGGUGGGAGAACGAAGCGAAGAUUGAUGUUAUGAUUACCCCACCCAAUGCUACACCAGCUACCCCUCAUGAUGCAAUGAAGGAUGCAGUCAGUAGCUGUGGUUACACAUUUCUGUUCAACCUCGUAAGUUCCGCUUCUUCAACCUCGAGAUGUAUCAGGAUACUAAUAUUAAGGUAGUUGGAUUAUACUUGCGGUAUCAUGCCGAUAACACACGUUGACAAGUCCCUGGAUCAACUUCCAUCAGAUUUCUCCCUGAAGAAAUUGAACGGGGUAGCUCAGGGGGCAUAUAAGCAUUACGAUGCAACAGCUAUGCAUGGGCUUCCUGUUGCCGUGCAAGUAGUAGGCCAAAGGCUGGAAGAAGAAAAGGUCCUUGCAGUCAUGAAGAGAAUUGAAGGUGCCUUGGGCGACGACAAGUACCAAUUAUUAGAUAUUGACUGAAUAUAAGUCGAAUAUCGGUACAGUAUGAUGAUCAUAUUAGAUGCUUAAAUGAUACCUAUGUAGCCAGUAUGAAUUUGAUCUUUCCCUCUC